AUGUUGAUAGUGCUUAAUUUUGCUAUGUUCCAUGCUUUUGACUUCCGCACUACAACAAGAAACGAGCCUUUUUUGCAACUUUUUCACUGCCUGUAUGUGUAUCCGUUGACUGUAAGUUUGGGUAGGAAAAGGAAUUUGUUUAUACGGGUUGAACUCAGGGAGGAUGAUGGUGAUAUUCGUAGGCAGCCAUUGGAGGCAAUAUAUCCUAGAGAUCCAGGUCUAGAUGCAUCAUUUCAGAAGUGGGGUCACACCCAAGUUGCUGCUGGGGCUAGGGUUGCUUGCUACCACGAUGAAAUUAAACUUUCCCUUCCUGCUACGUGGACGCCAAAUCACCACCUUUUAUUUACUUUAUUUCAUGUUGAUCUGCAAACAAAAUUGGAAGCUCCUAAGCCAGUGGUUAUUGGAUAUACAGCACUUCCUUUAUCAUCCCAUGCUCAGCUGCGGUCGGAAAUAAAUCUUCCAAUUAUGAGAGAAUUGGUUCCUCAUUAUCUCCAGGAUGCAGGACGGGAGAGAUUGGAUUAUUUGGAAGAUGGGAAAAGUGUCUUCAGAUUGCGUUUAAGGCUAUGUUCUUCUUUAUACCCUAUCAAUGAACGCAUUAGAGAUUUCUUUCUUGAAUAUGAUCGGCACACUCUUCGAACAAGUCCGCCAUGGGGUUCUGAACUUCUGGAGAUAUCAUUUUAUAUAUGUUGAACUCACUGUUGGGGG